GAAUGCGACAUGGUCGCCGCUAUUAGCUUUGCUUCCUUUUUAUUAGCUUCCUUCACCUGCUAGUUUCCUGUUAUGAUUUUUAUGACGACGCUGUUGGCUCUAAAAUCGAUCCGGCCCUUACUUCUGAAAACAAUGCGCUACUUUGUGACGUCAACAUUGUUCUGCGCAUGCGGCUCACGUUGGAGACAAACUUCACACAGAAGUUUAAUUUGAUUAGCAUAAUUGCUUGAACUUUAUCAACGUUUCCUGUUUUGCGAUUAAUCAAGCAAUGAUGCUAUAAUGUUAUAAUGUCCUCGGCAUUUCCACUGUAAACUCAGCUCUGCACCAGUCCAGAUGCUCGGUGUUGCUCCCAGUCAGCCCUGACUAAUUGGGAACAGUUGUUUACUUUGACUAGACGGAUUCCUAGGACAUCAUGGCUUAAAAAAUGAUCUCAGCUCCUAGAAAGGACUUAAACGACAUAUUUAAGAAAUAAAAUGCAAGAUGUUUCACCCUGAAACAUUUUAAGCGGACGUGGAAGGAAGUCAGAAGUUGCUGCAUCAUCUGGUCUGGCAGUGAAAAUGGAGAAAUUCAAGAAUUUAGAAGAAUGCAACAUCAAGGAAGACGCUGCUAAGAGAAAAAUGACUGAAGGCUCGAUUUUCUCCUGUGGUGUCUGUGUGGAGCGUCCCACACACCCACUCCACAACAACGACGGCUUUUGCUUGCAUCUUCCAGUGUUUCUUCUGUCAGCAAGUCCAGCAGAGCUGCAACUCUUCCAGUGCCAGCCCUGACACCAGCGAGGAGCCCUGCCCCACUGACAUGGUGAAGAUGACCAAGUCGAAGACCUUCCAGGCCUACCUGCCAUCCUGCCACCGCACAUACAGCUGCAUCCACUGCCGAGCGCACCUGGCCAACCACGACGAGCUCAUCUCAAAGUCAUUUCAAGGCAGUCAAGGAAGAGCCUACCUGUUUAAUUCAGUGGUGAAUGUGGGCUGCGGGCCAGCGGAGGAGCGGGUUCUCCUCACAGGUUUACAUGCUGUGGCUGAUAUCUACUGUGAAAACUGUAAAACCACCCUGGGCUGGAAAUACGAACAUGCGUUUGAGAGCAGUCAAAAAUACAAAGAGGGAAAGUUCAUCAUCGAGCUGGCUCACAUGAUUAAGGACAACGGAUGGGAGUGACACCGAGGCCACGUCCCAUCUACUUAAAUCUGUUUUCCUGACCCUGGAAUUUACUGAACUGAGUGGAGCGUCGACCAUCUUCCCUCCCCGUUCCUCCCUGCUCCCCCCAUUCCUCACACCUUCUUCCCUUUAAAAGGCCUCCGGUCGCCGGCCUCCGUCACGUGCACACACCCACCUGUUCAUCGUGCAACCGGACAGAACGAAUGCAUUAGGAAGUGGAGUUAAAAACCACUUCCUAAUGGUUUUUAGGAACCUACGCCACCUUGAAGAUUGUGUGUUCUCCGUCGCCGCUCCACGUUUGGGUUCCCUCGCCGCCGCCGCCGCCCGACCCCGCACCCAGCCUCGGCUCCACCGAAACACGCUUACAAGUGAUUGUGGUGAUGUGGCGACCGCUAUGUGAACGGAGAGACUUCACUGAAAAAAGACAUUUUAUUUUUUCUUUAUUCCACUCAUCUGCAAUGACUUUAUUAUUAUUAUUAUUUUAUUGUUAUUUGCCAUAGUUUGAACUUUGGGAUUUGGUGAAGCUUUGGUUUGAUGCCAGAUGGAUGUUACUGGUUAGCAUUUUAUUUCCUGGAGUUUUGUUUGGUUUAUUUGUUUUUUGAGCGUGCUUUUAUUUUAUUUUUUUCUUUCUUUUUCUUCGCUAUUGUCCAAAUGAGCAAUCAGGGAUGGGUUGAGAAGAAACGGGCAAAGGGAGUUUAUUAUAGUUACAAACAUGUAGCAGCUUUUAUUUUUCCUUUUCUUUUUUAAACUGGGAUUCCAGUAAUGUUGGAUUUUAUACCUGCCAUUUCCUUAUGUUUUAUCUUUCGUGUUAAUUCUCCCUUUCUGGUACUUUUCAGCUCCCAAAAAGCAUCAAAAGCAGCACGUACUAUUUUGUUGGACAUGAAAAGAUAUAAAAUUAUAUAUAAAUACAUAUAUAAAUUUAUAGAUAUAUAAAUAUUUGUAGUGUAAGGCUAAAUGCGAUUGUGGCUGGUCCCAUUUUGCAGCAGCACCAUGAAUGAAAGAGACAUGAAAAAGGAGCAGAAAUCAUUUUUAGAGCGGGGAAGCUGACGUCAGCGUCCUCACUGUAUUAUCCCAUUGUCCAGUAAUGAAACAAUGAAAGUCACUGCUACAUAUUAAUAUAAAUACACAUACUAUGAUUACAUAUCCAUCAAUACUAUGAUAUUGUACGUAGUAUGUAGAAAUUGAUUGGAACAUGGUUUCGAUAUAUAUAUAUAUUUGCUGUCAUGCACAUAUGUGUAUAUGCAUAAGACUGUGUGUGUAUAUGCAUACUGUGCGCGCGUGUCACGCAUUACAGUGACGUACUUGAACGACGCUACAUCCUUUGCACGUUGCUGAGGCGCCUGCUUCAUCUCGGUUUGGAGGCACAAACCUUUUUUUUUUUUACACUAAAUUUUAUUCGAUUUUUAGUUCAAAUCUCAGAUUUUGUCUUUUUCUCUGUUUUUGGCGCGAUAUUUGAUCACAACGUGAUUUUAGGCCUAGUCCAAGCAAACUCGGGUCAAAGGACUUGUGUUUGCAUCAGUACAUAAAAACAUUGAGAUUUGAGAUUAAUCUAAAACUGAAAAUUUCUGAAAGUUGGAAAAUUGUAACUUUUAAAGUUUUUUUUACCUGAAAAUUUCUGAGUCCCAAAAUGUUUGUUUCCUUUAGCAAAUUUUGUUACUUUUCAAUUGUAGAAAUUUCCAGGUUUUUCUAGAACGUUUCUGAGUUUUUUGGUAGGGAUUUAUGUUGUUUUUACUUUUAAUUUAUUAUUUUUUUAAUCUACAAUAUUCCUAACAUGCAGUCAUGACAAAAACAAUUUGUUAAAAAAAAAUCAGACCAAAGCUUUUGUUUGUGUUUAUUCUGGAAAACAGAAAUUACAUUAAUCUCACUUUUCCAACUUAUAAAAUUUUCGACUUCCACUUUUUUUCUGAAAAAUUUCUGAUAUUAAUCUUAAAAUGUCAUAGGUUUUUUUUGCCAGAAAUGUACUCUUGCUCUCCAAGAGCCCACGCAUGCAGAGCAUGGAGAUAAAUAGGUUUUUAUGUGUUUUGGCCUCAACAUGAAAACUCCACUUGAGAUCACUGGAAACGGUUCUUUGAAUGAACUCACACCAAUGUGUAGAUUUGAGAAACUCUGUGUUUGAAGGUGAAAACAGACUCGACCAACGAUGUUCACCCACAGACUUGCUUUGACAGGAUUCCCAGUCCACUGUCUGAAAGUAGUUCAACCUCCUGCCGCCAUGUUUGUUUCCAAACAGGAAGUCGUCGUUGCGUUGAAGCAGUCUUGAUUGACUGACUAAGGUUUUAGCUUUGCGCUACACUGCCCCCUGGAGGUUUGGCAUAUUUAAAACGACGCUCGGCGGCAGAUUUGAUGUUAAAUCUUUUGAGUAUGAUAUUUUUAUUUUCAAAUGAUUUGAUGGAGAUAAACCUGUGUGUACAAACCCUUAGUUUAAGAAAUUACGUUUUUUUUUGUUCUUUAACAAGUCUGAUCUGUUUUGGAUUUCUUUGCCUCCAAGCCGAGUGAAUUUCGUGCCUCUUCAAAACAUGAACGGCCUCCCCCAUUUAUUUUUUUUCUGUUGUGCAGUGCAUAACUUGGAAAACUUUAAUGUGAACCGAUGUGUCUUCCCUUGUCCUGGUUCAACACGGCCCUAAAAGAUCCUCAGACAACUCUGCCCUUUUUCUUUUGUCUACAUAUAUUUUCUAUGAUAAUAUUUAGACGUGCACAAAUGAAUGGAUAUGGAGUACAUUAUUUCUCAGAGUAAACAUAGAGGCUUUUGUUUUUUUCCUUUGUGCCCAUCGAGAACUGGCCGUUUGUUGUUGGUUUGAAGGAUGGCAGAUUAAAAAAAUCAGCAGUGAUUGAUUACUUUGCCGGCAAGGUCAGUCAGAUCACUCUGACCUUUUAUUCAGAAAAAAAAAACGUUGACAAUGCAAACCCUUAAUAGAUAGCAAUGAUACCUACUUGAAAAUUUAAAUACAGAAACCGCUGAGAUAUUGGCCCGUGAUAGUUUUUGUACAUAAACAUAUUUAAGGUUUUAUACGUAUUUCUACUGGGUUAGUUCUUUUACUUCCCCGACUUGAAGCACUUUUGUUCACUGUACCUCUGUCUGAGAGUGUGUGAAUGUGUGUGUGAAUGUGUGUGUGAGUGAGUGUGUGCAUACUUUGCAUGUGUUUCAGCCCACAUGCAUGGCUGCACAUGAAAGUGAAUGUUUACUUUCUCUUUGGGUUUUAUUUCCUCCUCUCUUUCUGUUUGUUCCUUUUCUAUUAUUAUUUUUGUGUUGCAGCUCUCUGGUUUCACUGCUGCUCCCGCUGAUCUGAGGUCAAGAGCCAGUUUAGUUUCUUUGGAAGUGAUUUAUCCCCUUUUUUUUCGGUUAGCUUGUUUGUUUUAGCUUGUGUGGUGAGAGCCGGUGUUCAGGUCUCUGCUGAGCCGUGUAGACGUCGAGGGCGAGCUGGAAUCUCCCACCGUGUCGCAGGGAAAGCCUUUAUCGAGACCCUUUCGCCACCACACUUAGUGUUACACUCGAGCGCUUUCAGGCGGCGGACAUGUUGGAGGUCCUUCGCAGCGACGCUGGCUGUUUAUAUGAUUGUAUUUCACAUUCAUGUUUACUUUUGUUCUUUCAAAAAUGACCUGUUCUGUGUUCUAUUUAAUGUGAUGUGUUUUGGGUCGAUGGUUGACUGUAAUCUCGCCAUUUUCUGUUUUUAGAGACGCUUUACUUUCCAGUUCGCCAGUUGUCUUGACUUGUUCUUGAGCAGCUCUGCACAAUUUAGUCUCUGGGAUCAAGAAAUGAACUCCAAAGGUGUCACAUAAAAUUCACAUAAACACAGUUAAAGCAUUAAGUUUCUCCUUUGUGGUGCAUUCAAGCAGUUUCCCCUGAGUUUAGGUUUGGUGUUCAUCCUGGAAAGAGUGUUCAACAGAAUAUUCUGACUUCUUUGGUCUGUUAGCUGUUCAGGGCGGAGACGGAAAAACUUCACAUCUUAUGCAAACUGCUUUUUGCUUUUACAAAAAAAGUAGUUCAACAUUUUCACUUAUUUCAGAAAGCUAAAUUUGUAAAUUCACUGCACCUGGUGAAAUAUAUUGAGCCUUUAUUUCUUAGCUCACUUCUGAAAAUGAUUCAGUAAAAUCAAAGUAUUUGUUGUAGUGACAUGUAAAGGGAAAUUGUUGCCAAAGCUUCUUCGGAGCGCAACAUCUAUAUUUUCUAAAUAAUUCACAAAAUACAAAACUGAUUAAAACCUUUCUGUUUGGUUCGUUUCAGAUGUAGAAAUUAUACAGAAAGUGACAGAAAUGCAAAAGUUAACCAAAAGAUAAAAAGUCCAGGGUUCAAUCCUUUGUCUCAAGGCCAGUUUAAGUAACUUUAUUUUUUGAAUAAUGAUUUUAUUUGGAUUUGUUUUUAACUUUUUACAUCUGUUUCACAUAAUUUCAGUAACCAAAAUGGAUUUUAUUUUUUUACGUAAUGCAUUUACGUAUUUAUGCCUCCCCAUUUAUAAACGUCUCUGAAAAAUCACUACCAUCUGUUAUUAAAAUGAUGUGAUUUAUGUUGAUGCUCUUAUUUUGAAAAGAGAAGUUCUGGAGACACCACUGCUGUUGGCCCGGCUAACACAACCAUAUGAAAGUUUUUGAUGCCCUUGGUUACAACAGCAAGCUUGUAAAUCAAAAUCUGAUGCUAGAAAAGUACAUUAGCACUAACAAGAAAGUCGACUGACGGACAUUCAUUUCGUCCAAUCAGGUGUGAUAGUUGAGAAAUGGCUUCCUUUAGAAACAACUUCUUCAUCUUCAGACGAUAAAGUUGUUUUUAUACCCAUUUGCUCCUGGACACCGCUUGCUCCGCCCCUUUUUGGAGACUGUUACAAGAUUAACUUUAGCCAUUGAGCAGGGGUGUCCAAAGUGUGGCUCCAGGGCUAUUUGUGGCCCUUUAUAUGACUUUGUUUUGCCCCUAACCACAAGUCAAGAAUAGUUAAAUAUGACCUUUUCCAGGAGAAAGCUGCUCUCUGAUUGAAUUGACCAAUUAUCAGGAUCUGUGGAGCUUCACAUUUCCAAAAAAUUUGACAUUUUGAAUCGUUUUUGUCAAGUUUGAGUACUUGAAUGCACCAUUAAAGGCUAACCUUCUGGCUUCCUUUGAAUGUAGCAGCCCAGUUUGAGACUAAUAUUUCAAAAUUUAGUCUGAUCUGACAACUGUUUGCUAAAUUUGGAAGCUAAUCUUCCUCUCACUGUUCAUGCCAGCUCAAAUUGUAACUGAACACAGGUACGAGUCCGCCAGUUUGUCUGAAGGAUCCUCCAGCAUUGGUCGAUCUAAACGAAGAGCUUCGUAGAGCCGAGCCAACAAAAACCGACGGCCAGCGUCACCAUUGUGUACCAAAUAAGAGCCGGGUUCUGUUGAGUGAAAGUUGAUCCAGGAGACUCAACUUCCAUACCAAAUUCAAAGGCUGGGAAGGCGUUUUGUUUUCUCUGUCCUGCAGAAUGUUUAGAUUCUCUGAGCUGAACAGCAUCAAACACUGAAAGUCGAAGGUUUCUGCUGCUGAAAACUGUUUACUGUGACGCUGGCCGCCGGCUUUUUGAGCUGCAAAAGCCUGAAAGGAUGUCGAUCAAAGGCGGGAAAAAGUCUGCACAGGAUCUUUUCUUAGGACUGUUAAAACUCCAGCUUAAGGUCUACAGCAUGUUGUAUUUAUAAUGGCUUUAUGUCGUGCCUGUUUUAUUUUUUUCCUCUAAAUUUAAAGACAAAUGUAUGCUUUUAUUUGACUACAUUGCUUUGCAUUCUGUCUUAGUGAAGCCAUUUCACAUGUCUGUUUUCACUCUAAUGUAAACUAUCAAAUAUCACAAUAAAUUUUCAAUGGCAUUAAACUGUG